AUGCGACGCACAUUGUUCUAUCCACUUCUUGGCACAAUUGCUUCUCUAUGCUUUGGCAUUGCAGCUGCGAAGCAAAUAGUCGUCGGGAAUAAAGAAAGCAUAUCCGAAACAACAUGUCCUGAUCACCAUUAUAGUGUCCAUAUCUUCUCCAAGGAUCCUCUAGUCAUCUAUAUACCUGAUUUUAUCACGGAGGAAGAAACACUGCACCUUCAAGAGAUAACGAAAUCCCAAUUCACCAAAUCCGAAGUCGUCGAUGAAGCCGGAAACAGAAUGAACGCGACAACUCGCAACUCUCGCUCGACCAGCCCUCCUCGCGACGACGUUAUCCGUUGCAUUGAGAACCGCGCCCUGGCGUUCCAAGGAUUCGACAUUCCGCGCUCGCAUCUCGAACCUCUUCAGCUCGUCGCGUAUGAACUUGGUGAAAACUACCAGCAUCAUACGGACUGGUUCGAAUCUCCAUCCCAGACAACUGCCGAGGUUGGUGGGAACAGGCUCACUUCCUUUUUUGUGUAUGUCACCGUUGAGGACGUGACGGGUGGGGGGACCAAUUUCCCCAUGCUCGAUGCGCCAAUGGACGAACGAUGGUGUGAAUUCAUCAACUGUGAUGAGCCGUGGGAUGCAGGCGUGACGUUCCGUCCGAUCCCAAGGAACGCGGUGUUUUGGCAGAAUCUGAAACAAGAUGGCACUGGGGAUCGGGCGACGCUUCAUGCGGGAUUGCCGGUGACGAGUGGGAAGAAGAUGGGAAUGAAUAUCUGGACCAGGCAGGGGCCGUUGAGUGAGUUGUACCGUGGGAAGGAUUAG